CGAUUUGAUGCUAUAAGAGCCGGUCUCGCAAGCCACUCGACUAUCGAAAGAAAAGCCUCUGAUCGUGUGACUUUGUCCGUCUACGUUCAAGUUCAUUAAGCCUACUUCUAUACUUCUUGCUUCCGUCUUUUCAUCACACACCUGACAUGACUGUCACACAGAGACCCUGGUGGAAGGAUGGUGUCGUCUACCAGAUCUACCCCGCCUCCUUCAAGGACUCCAAUGGAGAUGGAGUUGGCGAUUUCCAGGGUAUCAUUUCUGAGCUAGAUUACAUUCGCUCUAUCGGUGUCGACACUAUCUGGAUCUGCCCUAUGUACGACAGUCCUCAAGUUGACAUGGGAUACGACAUCCGUAACUAUGAAGACGUCUAUGCUCCAUACGGCACGCUUGACGAUAUGCAGAGGUUGAUCGAUGAGACACACGCUCGUGGAAUGCGUAUCAUCCUUGACCUUGUCGUCAACCACACUUCAGACCAGCACAAAUGGUUUCUUGAGUCUCGCUCAUCGAAAGACAACCCCAAGCGUGACUGGUACAUUUGGCGUCCUGCUCGCUAUGUGAAUGGUGAACGCAAGACUCCAAACAACUGGGUUUCCAACUUCUUAGGAAGCGUCUGGGAGUGGGACGAGCACACGCAGGAGUACUAUCUCCAUUUGUUCUGCCCAGAACAGCCUGACCUAAACUGGGAGAACGAAGAGACCCGUAAGGCUAUCUACAAGUCUGCAAUGGAAUUUUGGCUCGACCGCGGUGUUGAUGGUUUCCGCGUUGACACUGUCAACAUGUACAGUAAGGGAGAGAUGCUCGAUGCUCCUGUCACAGACCCUGGUUCCGAGUGGCAACCUGCAGGCUACCAGUACUGCAACGGCCCCAGGAUGAAAGAAUUCCUUGGUGAAAUGAACGAGGUCCUUAGCAGGUAUGACGCUAUGACUGUCGGUGAAUGCCCUAACACCAGAGAAAUGUCACGUGUUCUCGAAUACGUCUCCGCAAAGGAAAAGCAGCUGAACAUGGUCUUCCAGUUCGACGUUGUGGACGUUGGUCAGGGCCCAUACAAGUUCCAGACCACACCACGUAACUGGAUCUUGCCCGACUUUAAGAAGGCUAUUGCACGCACACAAGACCUCAUCCGCGGCAGCGACGGUUGGACGACUGUUUUCCUUGAGAACCACGAUCAAUCUCGCUCCAUCACGCGUUUUACUUCCGACGCCCCCGAGCACCGCGUCGCUGGCGGCAAGAUGCUUAGUCUGAUGAUGUGCGCGCUCUCCGGCACGCUCUUCAUCUACCAGGGCCAGGAGCUCGGCAUGACGAACUUCCCUAAGAGUUGGACCAUGGACGAGUUCAAGGACGUUGAUUCCAGCAACUACUACAAGAUGGUUGCACGCCGCACAAACAAUGACCCAAUUGCCCUGGAAGCCGCACACACCUCCCUUCAGCACCUGGCUCGCGAUCACUCGCGCGUGCCCAUCAGCUGGUCCACCGGUCCUACCAAUGGCUUCUCGCCGCCCGAUGCGACGGCGGAGCCGUGGAUGCGCCCGCUCGAAGACGCAGACGUGUGCAACGCGAAGCAGCAGCAGACCGACAAGGAUUCGGUGCUGUCGUACUGGAAGCGCAUGCUGGCUGUGCGCAAGCAAUACGCGGACCUGCUCGUGCACGGCCAGUACGAUGAUUUGGAUGUGGAGAAUCGCGAUUUCUAUGCUUUCACCAAGACAUGGAACGGCAAGAAGGCGUUUGUUAUUUGCAACUUUACAGACAAGGUGCAGAAGCUAUUUGUUCCUAACCAGGUUGGAAGUGUCAAGAGGGAGUUGCUCAUCAGCAGCGUGAAUGAGCCGGUGGAGGAAGAGCUGUCUGCUUGGGAGGGCAGAAUUUAUUUGCUGGCGAACUAGGCUCCUACGUUGCAGGAUAAUGGCCAUGUAUAUCUUAGCUUUAGGUAUUGUGAUAGCUACAAAUUCUGUUGAAGUUGGGUAGCUCAAAGUCGCUUAUCCGAC